UUAAAAAAUGCCGGAGAAAGCACACAAAAAUGCAUCCGCUUGUCGCAGGAAGAGAGAGAGAAAGAGUGUGAAGGAAUCUUUUUUUUCUGGGGGGAGGGGAGGUCACACUGAGCUUGGUCUCCAAGAGAGCAGCACAGGAGAGUUGAUUGGGAGCAGGUGAAGUUUGUAGCUCUUCCUGGGAGGAGGGAAGCCGGCCCCUCAUAAAAAGCUGAGCAGAAGCGAGAACCAGUGAUGUUUCAGAUCAAGGUUUCGAUCCGCAGGUAGGACUGUGAGAAAACUCUCUUAGCAUUUCUUUCCCAAGAAAAUAUUCGAUACUCUUAUGUAAGCGAAAAGGCCGGAAGAUCAUAUCUCAUUAAACUAAGACUGUUUUCCACGUGCGGCCUCUGGUGUUUCUGGAACUAGAAGAGCCAGUAGAACUUACCGGUGGAUUGGAUUCAAGUGUGGAAGGAAACAAUGAGCAUAGUCCCAGAAGUACACCCAGAAUCUACAAGGAAGCCAUUAAAACCAUUGCUACAGCCAAAGACUUGCUGAACCAGCUAACCAGACUUUUUUACAAUGGAUUGGCAAGAUAAAGAUUGCAGAUCCCACCUGUUGAGGCAGCGACGACCUCCAGAGUUAAGGCUAGAGGCUGGCUCUUUCCCGAACACCAAGCUCCGUCCCCAGGGAGUCAUGGCUACGUCCAGGGGCCGUCUCUAUCUUUGGAUGUACUUGGCUGCAGCGCUGGCAUCUUUCCUGGCAGGACUUAUGGUGGGCUGGUUUAUUAAGCCUUUGAAAGAAACUACAACUUCACCGCCCUAUCAUCAAAGUACACGGUGGAAACUCGUAUCUGAGAUGAAAGCUGAAAAUAUCAAAUCAUUUCUUCGUUCUUUUACAAAGCUCCCUCAUCUGGCAGGAACAGAACGAAAUUUACUUCUUGCCAAGAAAAUCCAAACCCAGUGGAAGAAAUUUGGACUGGAUUCAGCCAAGUUGGUUCAUUAUGAUGUUCUCCUAUCCUACCCUAAUGAGACAAAUGCCAACUAUAUAUCAAUCAUGGAUGAACAUGGAAUUGAGAUUUUCAAUACCUCCUACCUUGAGCCGCCACCUGAUGGAUAUGAGAAUGUUACAAAUAUUGUUCCACCAUAUAACGCUUUCUCAGCCCAAGGCAUGCCAGAGGGAGAUCUUAUAUAUGUGAACUAUGCUCGUACUGAAGAUUUUUUCAAACUGGAGAGAGAGAUGAACAUCAAUUGCAGUGGAAAGAUUGUUAUUGCAAGAUAUGGAAAAAUCUUCAGAGGAAAUAAAGUUAAAAAUGCCAUGUUAGCAGGAGCCAUAGGAAUCAUCUUGUACUCAGAUCCAGCGGACUACUUUGCCCCUGCAGUACAGCCUUAUCCUAAAGGAUGGAACCUUCCUGGAACUGCAGUGCAGAGAGGGAAUGUGCUAAAUCUGAAUGGUGCUGGUGACCCACUCACUCCAGGCUAUCCGGCUAAAGAGUACACCUUUAGACUUGAUGUCAAAGAAGGAGUAGGAAUUCCCAAGAUCCCUGUGCAUCCUAUUGGGUAUAAUGAUGCAGAAAUAUUACUACGCCACAUGGGAGGAAUUGCUGUACCCGAUGACAGCUGGAAGGGAAGUCUUAAUGUGGAUUAUAACAUUGGGCCUGGCUUUGCAGGGCAUGAUUCCUUCAGGAAGGUUAGAAUGCACGUUCAUAACACCAAUAAAAUUACAAGGAUUUACAAUGUAAUUGGAACGAUCAGAGGAUCUGUGGAACCUGACAGGUAUGUUAUUCUAGGAGGUCAUCGGGACUCUUGGGUGUUUGGAGCUAUUGACCCAACCAGUGGAGCUGCUGUUUUGCAAGAAAUUGUCCAGAGUUUCGGAAAACUCAUGAGCGGAGGCUGGAGACCUAGAAGAACUAUCAUUUUUGCCAGCUGGGAUGCAGAAGAGUUUGGGCUGCUGGGGUCCACAGAAUGGGCUGAGGAGAAUGCAAAAACACUCCAGGAAAGAAGUGUUGCUUAUAUCAACUCAGAUUCAUCUAUAGAAGGCAAUUAUACUCUCCGAGUUGACUGUACACCCCUUCUUUACCAGUUGGUGUAUAAACUGACAAAAGAGAUCGCUAGCCCAGAUGAUGGUUUUGAGAGUAAAUCUCUUUAUGAAAGCUGGCUGGAAAAGGACCCUUCAUCUGAAAAUAUAAACUUUCCUAGAAUCAACAAAUUGGGAUCUGGAAGUGAUUUUGAAGCUUAUUUUCAGAGACUUGGAAUUGCUUCAGGCAGAGCCCGUUACACUAAGAAUAGGAAAACAGAUAAAUACAGCAGCUACCCGGUAUACCACACGAUUUAUGAGACAUUUGAAUUAGUAGAGAAUUUUUAUGAUCCAACAUUUAAAAAACAGCUUUCUGUGGCUCAGUUACGAGGAGCACUGGUUUAUGAGCUUGCAGACUCUGAAAUCAUUCCUUUCAAUAUUGAAGACUAUGCAAAAGCUUUGAAAAACUAUGCAUCAAGUAUCUACAAUUUAUCUAAGAAACAUGACCAACAACUGAGAGACCACGGAGUAUCAUUUGAUUCUUUAUUUUCUGCUGUGAAGAACUUCUCAGAUGCUGCUUUGGAUUUUCACAGAAGACUUACACAAGUUAAUCUUAAUAAUCCCAUUGCAGUGAGAAUCAUGAACGACCAACUGAUGCUCCUGGAGAGGGCAUUCAUCGAUCCCCUUGGUUUACCAGGGAGGCGGUUCUAUAGGCACAUCAUCUUUGCUCCAAGUAGCCACAACAAAUAUGCUGGAGAAUCAUUUCCUGGGAUCUAUGAUGCUAUGUUUGAUAUUGAAAAUAAAGAAGACCUCCAUUCAGCCUGGGCAGAAGUAAAGAAACACAUUUCUAUUGCAGCCUUUACAAUUCAAGCAGCAGCAGGGACUCUGACAGAAGUGUUAUAGUGAGGUUCCAGCCAAGUGGCUAGCCAUUUAAAGUGUUACUGAAAGUCCGAGGAUAAAACUCUCGUUUUUUGAUAA